GGAGCUGGCGGGGCUGGUGGUCCCUGUAGUCCCUUCUGUCGGGAGCUGUAAUCCCGGGAUCAGGCCGGUCCCGGUGCAGGGAGCUGUAGUCCCAGGAAGGUCCCGGCGGGCCGAGAUGGCGGCGCGGCUGAGCGAGAACCGUCUGGUGUCGCUGCCCCUGUCGCGGAUCCGCGUCAUCAUGAAGAGCUCCCCGGAGGUGUCCAGCAUCAACCAGGACGCGCUGUUCCUCACAGCCAAAGCCACGGAGCUUUUUGUUCAGUAUUUGGCUUCAUACUCCUACAAACACGGCAGAGGGAAGGAGAAGAACGCUCUGACUUACACUGACCUGUCUCAUACAGCAGAAGAGUGUGAGACCUUUCAGUUCCUUGCAGAUAUCUUGCCAAAGAAGAUCCUAGCGAGCAAAUACCUAAAGAUGCUUGAAAAAGAGAAACGAGAUGGAGAAGUGGGGGAAGGGCAUGAAGAGGAUGAGGAGGAAGAGGAUGAAGACAAAACUGUUGGUGACAGUGUUGGAUCUUAAGGCCAACGGAGAAUUGCUUCAUAGUCAAUCCACUUUCUGUCAUAUAAAGGAUGUUUUUGUGACUGAGAAUCCAGAUGCUGGAUAUAUUUAUACACUGAGCCAUCUGCUUUUGCUUUAAGAAGUUUAGAAAUUGAACUUUAUACUUUUUGAAGAAUGGAAUUCUACCCUCAGAAACACGGCGGGGUAGGAGGACACAGUGUAAAUCUGACAGCAGAGCUUGCUCAGAUGAUUUAAAAUUACUUUUCAGACAAUCAGUACC